ACGUGGCUCCGCCCGCCCGGAUAUAAAGGGCGGCUCCGGCAGCGGCUCGCGAGUAGCCGGCGGCCGCAGCAUCUAUCCGGGAAGUAGGGUCCGGCAGCGGCGGCGGCAGCAGCAGCACUGGCACUAUGGCUGAUCAGUCUUUUGUGACUCUAGCUACGAAUGACUCUUAUGUUAAAGGAGCACUGGUCUUGGGUUCAUCUCUGCAACACCACAGAACAAUAAAGAAACUAACUGUGCUCAUAACGCCUCAAGUCUCUGCUCCCAUGAGGAAAGUGCUAGAAAAAGUCUUUGAUGAAAUCUUAUUGGUAGAUGUCUUGGACAGUGGAGAUUCAGCCCAUCUAGCACUAAUGAAAAGACCAGAGCUGGGUGUCACACUAACAAAACUCCACUGCUGGGAACUGACUCAGUAUUCAAAAUGUGUGUUCAUGGAUGCAGACACAAUGGUUUUAUCAAAUAUUGAUGAGCUUUUUGAGAAAGAAGAGCUAUCCGCAGCACCAGAUCCAGGCUGGCCAGACUGUUUUAAUUCUGGAGUUUUUGUUUAUCGACCUUCCAUUGAAACAUACAAUCAUCUGUUACAACUUGCCACAGAGAAAGGCAGCUUUGAUGGUGGGGACCAGGGGUUAUUAAACACCUUCUUCAGCAGCUGGGCAACAACAGAUAUCAACAAACACUUGCCAUUUAUUUAUAACUUAAGCAGCAUUUCUCUGUACUCCUACCUUCCAGCAUUUAAAGCGUUUGGUUCAAAUGCUAAAGUAGUGCAUUUCCUAGGAAGAAUGAAACCAUGGAAUUACACAUAUGACUCUAAAACCAAAAGCAUAAAAGGUGACACAAGUGAUCCCACAAUGGUUCACCCAGAAUUCCUCAACAUGUGGUGGCAUACCUUCAUCACCAACAUCUUACCACUACUAGAACAACAUGGAAUUGUUAAAGACGCCACUACAGGUGUAAAGGCGCUAUCGGGCUUGGUCUAUUCUCUGGCUUUCUCUUGUGGCUUCUGUAGAGAGGAAGAGGUUACAGAAGCAGUGUCCCACAUGUCACUUUCAGCAGCAGCACCAACUUCGCCACCAUCUCCCCCACCAGCUGAAUCUUCAGAAGAACGGAAGGAGAGGUGGGAGCAAGGCCAGGCUGACUACAUGGGAGCAGACUCCUUUGACAAUAUCAAGAAAAAACUUGACACUUACCUCCAAUAGAAGCACUUCUAUUGCCAAUGUUCACAGAGAUACAAGGACUUGUUCCAGAGCUAUCGCAGCUAGGACAGUGUUGAAUAUGGUCAGUUAAGCUUGCCUAGUAACUUGAUAAAACUCAUCAGGCUGAAGAUCUUUGCAGUACUACAGGUGAGAACUGAGCAAAAGCUAUAAAGUAGAAAUCCUUGUGCUGGCUGUACCUGCACAAUCAUGAAGUCUUCCCUUUUAAGUAAGACUGCUGAAUAUGCCUAUUUAAAAUACAAAACAAAACUGGGGAACAGGGCACUAAACUGGUUUGACACUUAUUCCUUUAAACCUGUAGGGCUGUGCUUUACCUCUUAAAAGAUGAAUGGCGUUACUCCUUUUGCUUGCUAUCUUAUAUAGGAGACCCUAUAUUUUUUGGGAUUGUUUAGAAGUUGAAGUGUUUGCAACACUGCCUUACUGUAAAUGUUAGUACUAAACUAUUAGCAUACAUGCAAACUUGAUACAACUUCUAACAGCAAGGGCACUGCUUUACAGUAUUAGUCUCACACUGAAGAUCUUAACCAGGUUUUUAUGUACAGUACAUACCGCAUGGUAGAAUGUCUUUUAGGUCUGUAUACUAUAGGACUAGUAAAACUGAGUUUUACCUGUAAUAUUGCACUCAUUGCAAAAUAAACUCAUGAUGCAUUUCUGGCUUCCCUA